AAAAGUCGUGCUCUCUUCGACCGUAACGACGUUGUUCAUCUGUGCCUCAUGAUACAGAGGAAAACUUGACCAUCAUAUAUCACAUACCCGCUGUUACGCCUCGAUAAAGAAUAGAAAACGGCAAGAUGGCGAAGUGGUUCCGUUCGGAACCGAUGGAGUACAUCUCCCUCAUCAUGAAUGAGGACGCUGCUCAUGACUGUCUGGGAGACCUCGGAAAGUUGGGAGUCAUUCAGUUCACUGAUGUACGUUAGGGAAAUGAAUACAAUGAAUUUGCAUUGAAGUCGCCGAUGUUGCACAAUAGGAGCUUAUUGGUUGGAAUCAAUUCUUUAUUUCUCACCUUUCCAUUUCGUAUACGUGUAAUGUCUCUUAUUUCGCAUGAAAACGGAACGAACACGAACUAAACUUUUACAUUUAAUAUUCGCAGUUGAACCCCGAUUUGACCCCCUUUCAACGACGAUACGUUUCGUAUGUGAAGCGCUGCGAUGAGUUGGAGCGCAAGCUCCGCUAUUUUACGAGCGAAAUCGGAAAGUUUAACAUCGAGUGCGAUUCCGCAGGAAAGGUCGACGACUUUUUGGAGGCCACUCCCAUCAUUUCCAGCACGAGCGCCGAAGCUUCCACUGGAAAGGUCUUGGAAUCGUUGGAGGCGGAACUCGAGGGAUACGAAACCCAGCUGAAAGAAUUGAACUCCUACAGCGAGAAGCUCACUGUUGAGUACAACGAAAAGAUUGAAUUGCAAGAAGUCUUGGAAAAAGCCCGUCGAUUUUUCAUCACCGACGCCCCUCGUUUGGCUGUCAGCGAGCUGACGUCCGGACAGACGCCUUCCAACAAAACUAACUUGUUGGAAGAGGAAGCUCGACCGGACCUUGAUAUGCGUUUCUCUUCGAUCACAGGUGUAGUUUCUACCGAGGAACGCACCAACUUUGAACGUAUGAUUUUCCGUGCCACUCGUGGUAACUGCUUUGUCAGAUUUGCUCCCAUUAAGCAGCCAAUUACUGACCCAGAAACUGGACAGCUGACUGAAAAGUCCGUCUUCAUCAUCUUCUACAAGUCUGAUUCCAUCGAGUUGAAGCUCAAGAAGAUCUGUGACGCCUUCCAAGCUCACCGAUACAGUCUUCCCGAUAUGGACGAUGCUGAAUCUGUUGACAACAUGCUUACCGAGAAUGCCCAAGAACUCGUUGAUUCGCGUACUGUCCUUUUGAAGAACCAAGAUACUCGCUACCGACUGUGCCAGAUGCUUGCCAAGCACUGUGAGCGUUGGACAUGGCAUGUCUUGAAAGAGAAAGCUGUCUACCACUCUCUCAACAUGUUCAAGGCAGAUGUUUCCGGCAUGCUCCGAGGAGAAGGAUGGGUCAUUGCCGAAAACCUUGACGAGGUUAAAUAUUGCAUCGAAAAAGCUCACGCCAACAUGGACAUGGCAAUGCCUAGUCUUAUUGACCAUGUGCCUCAACCUUGGCCGACUCCACCAACGUACUUUGUGACCAAUAAGUUCACUUAUGCGUACCAAGAGUUUGUCAACACAUACGGUAUCCCGCGUUAUAGAGAAGCAAACCCUGCACUUUUCACUGCGGCAACUUUCCCAUUCCUUUUCGGAGUCAUGUAUGGAGAUAUUGGUCAUGGUAUGUUUUUGUUCCUCAACGGGUGCAUGCUAGUUUGGAACGAGAAAAAGAACGAGGGUGUCAAGAGAGACGAAUUGUCGGAAGGUCUUCAUGUAGGACGGUACAUGAUCCUUAUGAUGGGAUUUUUUGCUGUCUAUGCAGGUUUCGUGUACAACGAUUGCUUUUCUCUCGGUCUCAAUCUCUUUAAGAGUCGUUGGGAAUUCGAUGGCCAGGACGAAAUGACAGUCGAAGAAGGCGACGUCGCCUACCAGACGGCUGAGUAUGGUUCGAAUGAAUCUGUUUACCCAUUCGGUUUAGAUCCAAUGUGGCAUGUCACCUCGAAUGAGCUACUUUUCUUCAACUCUUUCAAGAUGAAGUUAAGUGUUAUUUUUGGUAUUUUCCAGAUGUUUUUCGGAACUGUUUUGAAGGGUUGCAAUGCCAUUUAUUUCGGAGAAAAACUCGACUUGUAUCUCGAAGUACUUCCAAUGGUUGUUUUCGCAGCUUCUUUGUUUAUAUACAUGGUGGUUUUGAUCUUUAUGAAGUGGAGUAUCGACUGGAACGAACGCAUGCUUCUCGCGACCUGCUUCGAUCCUGACGGCGACUAUUGGAAUGCUGAUUGGACCGUCUGCGACCAGUCUGGAAAUGGCUACUGUACACCAUGGGGUUACAGCUGUACUGACUAUGAUACUACCGCUGACAAGUGUCCUCUUGAUUACGGUGGUUCUGGAGACGGAUGUCAACCUCCGAACUUGAUUACUUCUCUUAUUAACAUUGCCCUCGCACCAGGAGAUGUCGACGAGCCUUUGUACGCUGGUCAAGCCGGAGUCCAGAACUUCUUACUUCUUCUAGCAUUGGGCUCUGUUCCAGUUUUGUUGUUGGCCAAACCAUACAUGUUGAAGAAACAGCACGAACAAACUCACCACGAGCACAUCGCUGAAAUGCCCGACGGCGACGAAGAAGAACACGGCUUCGGAGAGAUUCUCAUUCAUCAAGCUAUUGAAACUAUUGAAUUCGUUCUUGGAAUGGUUUCAAACACAGCCUCCUAUCUUCGUCUUUGGGCUCUUUCUCUUGCACACUCUGAGCUUGCCACUGUCUUCUGGGAGAAGUGCAUGCUCAGUACUCUUGGAGUGAACUGGUUUGCCACCUACCUUGGUUUUGGAUUGUUUGCCGCUGUCACCUUUGGCGUCUUGUUGAUGAUGGAUGUGUUGGAAUGUUUUCUUCACGCACUCCGAUUGCAUUGGGUUGAAUUCCAGAGCAAGUUCUACAAGGCCGACGGUAUUCGCUUUAGCCCAUAUUCAUUCAAACAGAUCAUUAUUGAUUCUGCUUAAAACUAAGUUGGAAUUUGAGUUUUCCAGUCAAAAAAAAGUAUCGGCUGAUACUGGAUUCAUUAUUAGACGCAC